AUGAUUGGAGCAAGGUCAUUGAGGCGGCUCCGCUGUGUUUGGAUAAAUCCAUCAUCAUCGUCACCAACAUCAUUGUCAUUUAGCACAGUUUCAAGAUCACUUCUACAACAGCAAAGAUCGUCACAGCCGUUUACGUUGACUCCGUAUCCACUUACGUCGACGGGACAAGAACUACCAAAGUACAAACAGCAAGAAGAGACGAAGCAGGUGGCUCAGCGUAGACCACGAACGGCAAGGUUCAAGAAGGAGACGGUUUCGGACUUCAAUAGCCUCCAUGGCAGUACCCCAGGGCCAGAGAACGUUGAAAGCACAGCUAGCGUGACAGUGGCUGCUGAACCUAGGCCUAAAUCAACGCCAAUGCCGUCGGUAUCUGCCACAACGACCCCAGCAUCAUCAGCAUCAGCACCAGCAUCAGCACCAGCAUCAGCACCAGCACCAGCACCAGCACCAGCGUCAACACCAAAGAAACUCAAGAGAACACUUCGUCCCAGAAAACAAUUAAUCACACUAACACCGAGCGCCAUAGCGCAUCUCGCUGCACUAUCCCAGCAACCUACACCACAGCUAAUCCGUAUAGGAGUGCGCAAUAGAGGAUGCUCUGGCCUCACGUAUGACUUGGACUACGUGGAUAAACCCGGGAAAUUCGACGAGUUGGUUGAGCAGGAUGGCGUUAAAGUCUUGAUUGACUCGAAAGCGCUAUUCAGUAUCGUGGGCAGCGAAAUGGACUGGAUCGAUGACAAAUUGAGCUCGCGGUUUAUUUUCAAGAAUCCCAAUAGUAAAGGAACGUGCGGCUGCGGGGAGAGUUUCAUGGUAUGA